AGUGCCAGUUGCGCUGAGAGCAAGCAGCACCGACGGACGUGAUCGCUGACCGUGCUGAGACGACGCAGUUUUGUUCAUCUUAAGUUAUGGUUUAAAGUAGAAAUCCUCAUCAGAUUAUUUUCCUCCGAAAAACAAAACAAAAAUUUGGACUACAUGCCAGUUGCGCUGUUUCGUACGGAGCGGGAGUUUGGUUCGCCCGAGAUCGCAUUCGGUUUACAGUGAAGACCUCGACGGAGACGCAGCCGGCUCGCAGGAUGCGUGGGGCUAAUAGUGGAGAUUUAUAAGGCACGGGUCUCCCUUUGAACUUUUUCAUUAAGGGUCACUUUCUUUUGUGGACUAUGUUUAUGGGCCAAUUGCACAGCUCCGAUUCCUUCUAAUCAGAUUAUGAAGAUUUCAUGCUGCUUUGUCAAUGACGGGUAAGAUGGAAACACCCUUCUAUCACGAUGACACUGCAAGCAUUUCAAACUUCGGACCAAUUCCCGACUACGAUCGAUAUCCGGGCCACAAGAUGAUGAGCAAGAAGAACAUGGCCGUGCACAGUUUCCCUAGCACGGUCGGAAGCGCCUCUGGUUUGAAGCUCCUGCAGGGUCAGGCUGGGACCAACGGCAACAUCAACCCAAACAGCCUGGGCAUGAACAGCAAUCCAAACAGCUCUCUCAUGUCCUCAGCUGACAUGAACCUUCUAAAGCUCUCCUCCCCUGAUUUGGAGCACCUGAUUAUCCAGUCUAACCAGGGACUGGUUACGACAAGCCCUGCGCCCAAUUCCUCUGGCAGCACUUUCCUGUACAGGAACCAGGCCACGAAUGAGCAAGAGGGCUUUGCUGACGGUUUCGUCAAGGCUUUGGCUGACCUGCACAAGCAGAACCAGCUAGUGGGAGGUCCCCUGUCCCCCUCCUCUUCCAUCCAGGGCCCAUAUCAGAGAAACCUCAUGUCGAGCGGUGAGAUGCCCAUAUACACCAACCUGAGCAGCUACAACCCAAACCAGCUCUCGGCCGCUUCCUCGUCCUCCUCCUACCCUGGAGGGCAGGUCCCCUACGGCUCAUCUGCCCACGCAGCAGGCCACGCCACCCAAGGUCAGGCCCACCACCCUCACGGCCGGGGCCUGGAUGCCCCACAGACUGUCCCCGAAGUACCUCACCCACCCGGAGGGGACACGGCCAGCUCACCUCCAUCCCUGUCGCCGAUAGAUCUGGAGACCCAGGAGAGGAUCAAAGCAGAGAGAAAGAAGCUGAGGAACCGCAUCGCGGCCUCCAAGUGCCGCAAGAGGAAGCUGGAGCGGAUUUCGCGCCUGGAAGAGAAGGUCAAGGUGCUGAAGACGCAGAACUCGGACCUGGCGUCCACUGCCAGCAUCCUGAGGGAGCAGGUGGCGCAGCUUAAACAGAAAGUCAUGAAUCAUGUGACCAAUGGCUGCCAGAUAGCAGUCAGCUCUGCUACCAUGGCCAAAAGCGGUGAGAGCACCAGCUGCUGAAAUGACGACAGAUGCAAAAGGGAUUUUUUCCUUUCCUCGCUCUCUCUCCCCCAUGCCUCAUUGCAAACUCUCGAUCUCUCACCCGCGAUCCCCUGUUAUGCUUUUCUUGCCGUUAGCGGGUGAGUUGGUGUGGUAAGGUAACAGAGAUGAAUGGCAGAGUAAGAGUGGAAACCCUGUCCCACGUGACAGAUACCUCCAGCCCCAUUCAGGGUGAGAGAGUAAGUGGGAGAGGCAUCGCUCACUGCUUCAGGCCAGUUACACUCAUCUCUGACCUCCAAGAAGCCCUGGCCGCCUCAUCCCCCACACAUCGCGUGAUUUAAAGAGAACAAUCAGAAAUAUCCCCUGCCAUACUAAGUGAUAUGUUGUCAUUUGACUGCACUUUGAAUUUGACCAUGACCAGGUCAGUAGGGGACCCAUGGACUGAGUAACAGCAAUACUAAACAGUCCUAACAACUGGGAUGACUAGUAGGGGAAAUUGAUACACAGUCCCAUUGGUGAGCCUGGAUGGUGUUCAGGACACAAGCAGUGACUCAUUCUGGGGAUUCCUGCGCUCAACAAAGCCCAGAGGAAGACCACCAGCCCAGCUUUGGACUAAAAAGGCAAUUUUCCACUUUAAGGAAAUUGGAAUAUGUUCUGUCUUUCCUUUUUUUUUUUUUUUUCAUUAUGAUCAGAGUGAGCUCCGAGGUAACCCUUGCUGUUAGCUUUUCAUUACUGUUUAAUAACAUGCACUAUUACAGGAAUCUGGACAUUUAGAAAUGACCAGUGAUAUGGUCUUAGGAGGGAAAAAAAACUUAUUUGUCGUUGCUGUUGAAGUUGUCUAAAAAUGAAAGCUUCACAUCCCUGAAAAAUUAAAUACCCCCAGAUAUUGAUGUCAGCUAUAUUGUAAUGUAGGUAUAAAAGUGAAAAUGUAUUUGUUGAAGUUUGGUUACCGUGUCUCAAUAAUACAUUGAAGCAUAUCGUUUGUAAGUUUGUUGGUUUGUUUAAUAUCGUGCAAUUUGUGAAUACAGGUAAAAACAGCCUUUUCUACAAACUGAGAGUUUCAGCAUUUUUAUAAGUAUUAAUUUACGGUGUUUAUUAUUGAAAAAUUGAUUUAAUGUCUACACAAGGGGUCUGCGGUACUGUGCAACGUCGAGGCACUUUCAUUGGUACCUAAUUCGCUAUUUUUGAGUUUAAACUCAACUGACAGAUUUGCUAGCAUUCCAAGACCUUUUGCACUGUAUUCUCUCGUGAUUUCUUUUUGCUUGGGGAAUACAUGUUAAGAGUGGGUUAAUACUGUGUUUGUGCUCUAAUGUUGUGUAUUAACGCUGUGUUCAUCUUGAACAGUGGUGGGGCAUGGCGACUCUAAGCCAUGGCUGCUUUUGUAUUUAAACUACCGUGUUCAUUGUUGGGCUUGGUGAAAGGACAUGAGGUUUCACAAGAAUGCACAGGGUCAAGACUCUACUGUAGUCAGGAGUGGUCAGAAAAGGGCUUUCGAUCAAUAGUAUUUUGCAUUUAUUAUCCCCCCCCCCCCCCCAUUUUUCUUUUUGAAAGAAUCCUGAAGCAAAUUUAUUUAUGCAAAACCUUCUCUAUGGUAUUUAUGUUGUUUGUGUAAAAGAUCUGUACAGGUUGGAAACCAGGUGUCACGUUGACACCUUUUUUGGGAACUACAUAAUUGCACAUAAAACAGUAAAUGAUGUCUAAUAUUUAUCCUCUGUGUACAGCAUAACAAUUUUAAUUAUUUUAUUUUGCUGGUGUUUUUCAUGGAUUAAAAAAAAUAAUAAAAAGUUGCAAUUGUUGCUACAGUAUUGAAAAGUCAGUUCAGAUGUACUCAGCGUGUUGGUGUAAGUAUAUUGUUUAAAAUAAUAUGACAAAGGAAUAUUCUUUGCCUUGUAUUUAAUGGAGAGCUCAUAAUGACAGCCUGUUCUUUUUCCAGAUGGUCAAUGCUUACACAGAGAAAAAUCUAUAAAUCUACUCAUUGUUAGUGCACUGAAUUACUGUCAAAUGCCUUUCCUAAAACACAGAUACAGAUCUUUCUAUUUAUAUAUGUCUAUAUUCAUACCUACCAGAUAGAUGUAACAGAGGUAUUGACAGGUAUUCAGGCUGUCACAUAACCUUUGGGCGACAAGGAAAUAUUUAUUUUUUAAAACUUGAAUUCAAGGUUUUGGAUGUCACAAACUUAUAUUUUUGUACAAAAUUGUUUUUGAUUAUUAUGAAGAGUGAGAACAGUGUAUUCUAUAUUUGGUCCAUUUACCUUUUAUUAUUCCAGAGUACUUUAUUUAUGGAGGUGGUAUUAAACGUUAGUGUGACAUUGUUUUAUGAAUAUGCUUCAAGCAUUUGUCUCUUGUAAAGUUCAAUUGUUUGAAAUUUCAGAAAAUGCAGCAAGAUCCCCAACGAUGAGACUUAAGAAAUUGUGACUAAUGUUGGCCACCAGUUUGUUACAUAGGAGUAAUGCUGAAGAUGCUUCUGGGAGAUUCCAUUUUUAUGCAGUGUGAUGUGUUGUCUGUGGCAGAAUCUUGUUCCCUGACUUUAAGCUGGCAAAUUUACAAUACACACUAUGUACUUGAAGCAAAUCUGAGGAAUGACAUAUACCGCAUGCAUGGAUCGAUUAGAGUGGACUGUAUCUAUUCUGCUGUUUGUGUUCAGAAAAGAUCAGUCGAGUUGAGCUGUAGGAAAAAUGAAGGAGAGUAAGAGACACACAGAGAAAGACUGUUGCUUACAUGCUUUGUUUUUACACUAAACGGAUUUAGCAAUGCUUUAGAUCCCCUGUGAGACACAACAGUUCCUGAUAUCAAACUUUUUACAAAAUUGUACUGUUUGCAUGUACAGACACACAUACGUACACACUCACACAGAUAUAAAAGGUAUGAUGACCGUGGUAAUUAUGACAUUGGACCACAUGACUAAUUAAUUCUUUGCCAUCCCUCAAGCCAAAGAUAUUCUAUAGAAAAUUAUAUUAGUGAGGACCCAAACAGUUUACUAAGGCAGUAUUAAUUUACUAUGAGUUUCCAAUUCCAAAGGAAAAAGAAAUUUUCUGGAAAAAUUACUGCUCUUAUGGACUGACUGGCAAUGCUUUUUGUGAACGGGGGCGGGGCAGUUCCCUAAUCAGCUCAUGCCCUUACUUGUUUCCCUUAACUGUCUGUCAAAGACUGAAGGGACCUAUAGUUUUUAUGCAAUCACAAAGAUCUACUGUUCAAAUGACCGAGCGGGCGACUUGCCUUGCUCGGUUUAAUGGUUGUUUUAAUUGGUUAUAAAGAGUAUACAAUCUUGAAUAUUGUUCACUGUUUCCAUGUUUUUUAUUCAAUAAAACAGUAGGUUUCUAAACAAAA